AUGAGCAAUGUCCUCUGCGUAGCAUGGCGAACUCCAGGGUUGGGGCUCCGUGCCUCAAGCUUGCUCCCGCCAAACGCAACCGCUCCAUUCCGCUCCAUCGGCCGUCACAGCUCCCCAGCAUGGCUGCUAGAUAGCAUCUCCCGCCGGUUUCUGAACUCCAGCAGCCUAUUUACCCCGUUACCCUUCCGCUUGCGACGUCCCGAAGCCCCAUGCCCGCCGUCCCCAAGUCAAAUCUCCGCCCGGUUCUUCCAGAAUUCCGCCGGUCUGCUCUCCCAGAAAGUCCCGCCGCCGGAACAUGGCGUCAAAUUGCGCGACGAGCCCUUUUCAAAGGCCGAGAUCGAUGCGAUAUUUGGAACCCGCGCUAAGAUUUCGCUUGCUAUGGGGAACCGUGCACUCUCUGUCCUGCAGGGCAGGCGGCUUGAUGGGACCCUGGACCUUGAUUUCCCUGCUGAUAUCACGCGUGCUGUCCGAGCUGCUGGUCUUGAUGCCGGUCUGAAGUAUCUCCGCGAGAACUAUCCAAUUGAUGAGGAUGCGGCGAUCAUGGCUCGGAUUGAACGCGAGGAACGCGAAGAGGAGACCAAGCUCAUUCGACGAGCCGAGGAACUGGGUCUUUAUAAACCUCAAAGCGGCUCUUACGGGGCUGAAUUGGGCGAGGGAGAUGAUCCAUCGGGAAGGAGUGUUUUGAAGGAAUACCGCAAGCAGAAUGAGGAAAGGCUUUUGGCGGAGGCGGAGAGGAAACGCCAGGAAUGGUUGGAGGGAGAGGAGAAGGACCGCGAGAAGUGGAAGCAGCAGAUGGAGAAGAAUACUUCGCUUCAGAAGUAUGAGGAUACUUCUGCUCUAGAGGUCAAAGAGCGUGCUGAUCCUACUCAGCGGCCUGUCCUAGCGUGGAUACAGAAGCACCAUCUUCGAGCUACAAAUUAUGAAAUGGAUGUCACACAGUUGACCACGCGCCGUCGCAUCCUCCCCGCCCUUGGAUUUACUCUGCUCACGCUCGGAUUGUGCUACGCUUUCGCUGCGAAUUACGAACCUCCCGCCAAGGCAGACCGUAUGUGGCCAGACCUGCCCCCGGCUGCGGCUACAGCCGUGGCAAUUAUCGGAGCGAACGUCGGAAUAUUCGUUCUGUGGAAGGCCUGGCCUCCAGCAUGGAGACUUCUGAACCGGUACUUCAUCAGUGUGGCUGCGUAUCCGCGUCCAUUCAGCUUGAUUGGAAACGUGUUUAGCCACCAGACAGUGCGACAUAUAGCGACGAAUAUGGCCCUGAUUUGGUUUGUUGGCACAAAACUGCACGAUGAAAUCGGCCGAGGAAACUUCCUUGCGUUAUACAUGGCAGCUGGUGUAAUAGGAUCCUUCACGUCCUUGACGAUCCACGUCCUCACAAACAAGCUCUUCAUCACGUCUCUCGGAGCCAGUGGAGCAGUUUCGGGUAAGCCUGCCUGCCUGCCUGCCUGCCCCUUUGGCAUUCCCCGCGCAGUCUAUCUUGCUAACAAUCAAAUCACCAGUGAAAAACUCACCAUCGCCUUCCUUCCGCGCGAAUGGCAAGACACCAUCUCCGCGCCUGGAUGGGUGUUCCUAGCUGGUCUGGUCACCUUCGAAGUCCUGAGUAUGGUGUUCCCCUUCCGCAUGGCGACGCUGGACCACUGGGCGCAUCUGGGGGGAUAUCUGACGGGAACGCUGUGGGCUGUGAAUUGGAAGGAAAAGGAGAGGAUUGAGCGAGAGAAGAACAAGACUUGGUUGGACAAGGUGUUUGGGUAAUUCUUUCUUUUUCCAUCGAUAUAUUCUGUAUUAUUAUUAUUGACCACCACUAUUACCUCUUUUCUGUUCAAUGCUUAGUAGAAGCAAUGUUUGAUCAAGCUCAUUACAAAGAUGUAGAUAUUUUUUUUUCUUCUUCUUCUUCUUCAUUAAGACAUGAGCUACUGCUACAAUGAUAAUAGAUUGAUUCUAGACUUUACUGUAUCA